CGCGGCGGUGACGUCAGACAUCCGCGCCUGGCUUGCCGCGCGUGCGUCUGUAAGGCCGUCCGCUCCUUUCCGUCGUGCCGAGCCCGCUGAAGAGCCGCCAUGAGCAAGGCCCACCCUCCUGAACUGAAGAAAUUUAUGGACAAGAAAUUAUCAUUGAAGUUAAAUGGUGGCAGACAUGUACAAGGCAUACUUCGGGGCUUUGAUCCCUUUAUGAAUCUUGUCAUUGAUGAGUGUGUGGAGAUGGCAACUAGUGGGCAACAGAAUAACAUCGGCAUGGUGGUCAUACGAGGAAACAGCAUCAUCAUGUUAGAAGCCUUGGAAAGAGUCUAAACAAUGGCUGUUCGGCAGAGGAGUCCACAUACUUCCCUGAAGGACUGUUUGACUUGGGUGUAGAAUUGAGUCAUGUACAUUUUCAUAAAAAAAAAAAAAAAACCUUUUUGCUAAAUAAACUUUUGUGAUACUCAGA